GCUAGUCUAAGCAAAAACAUCUUUACUGGCUUGUUUUAACAUUUGUUUAUUCUGUGAUCAUGUGAUUUCCAUCUGGUGCACAUGUUCUAGGAAGAGUUCUAGGUAAAACCCGCAUGGCCGGACUGUACCAGCAAGAAUAGAGGUGAGCAUUCGAGGAGUGGUUAACUUGUUAACAGAAAAGGUGUGUCCACCCACUGAGUGUGAGUGGAGAGUUAUAGCACACACCUCCAGAGAUCCAUAUGUAUAUAUAAACCUGCUGAGAUGCUGCUGGAAGUCACAGCAGAGGAAGGUCGAGGCCAAAGAGAGAACUGAGCAUCAUCAGCAAACAGUCGACACCAUGGGGAACUGUGCAGAGGUAAUGAGCAGCUUUUUCUGCCGACAAAAGAACACCAACGUCCGCAUCAGUCUGCCGGCUGUCUGCUUUGUCUGGCAGUUUGCUAUGAUUGUGCUGUUUGGAGUUUUCAUUCGGUACGAUGAAGAGUCGGAUGCCCAUUGGGUGGAGUACAAAAGGACGCAAAACUUCACCAGUGACAUCGAAAAUGACUUCUACUUCAGAUACCCCAGCUUCCAGGACGUUCACGUCAUGAUCUUUGUUGGAUUCGGUUUCCUCAUGACCUUUCUGAAACGCUACAGCUUUGGGGGUGUGGGCUUCAACUUCCUGAUCGCCUCCUUUGGACUGCAGUGGGCUCUUCUCAUGCAAGGCUGGUUCCACUCCCUCAGCCCGGAGACUGGAAAAAUUACCAUCGGAGUAGAGAGUCUGAUCAAUGCAGACUUCUGCUGUGCCGGCUCCCUGAUUGCGUACGGAGCCCUCCUGGGUAAAGUCAGCCCUGUCCAGCUGUUGGUCGUCACCUUAUUUGGUGUCACCCUGUUUGCUGUGGAGGAAUACAUCAUCCUCGACCUUCUUCAUUGCAGAGAUGCCGGAGGCUCCAUGGUCAUCCACGCCUUUGGAGGGUACUACGGUUUGGCCAUCUCCUGGGUCCUGUAUCGACCCUCUCUAAACCAAAGCAAAAGCCUUAGUGGAUCAGUCUAUCACUCUGAUGUGUUUGCCAUGAUUGGCACACUGUUUCUGUGGAUGUUCUGGCCCAGUUUCAACUCAGCCAUUACAGACCAUGGUGACGGACAGCACAGAGCAGCCAUCAACACUUACCUGGCCCUGGCCUCCUCCGUCCUCACCACUGUGGCCAUCUCCAGCAUGUCUCAGAAGAAAGGGAAACUGGACAUGGUGCACAUCCAGAAUGCCACUCUGGCAGGUGGUGUUGCCAUGGGAACAGCAGCAGAGUUCAUGAUCACUCCCUAUGGUUCUCUAAUUGUGGGCUUCCUCUGCGGCAUCAUCUCCACAUUUGGCUAUCUGUUUAUCUCGCCAUUCUUGGAGAAAUAUCUCAAGAUCCAGGACACAUGCGGUAUCCACAACCUCCACGCUUUGCCGGGAAUGCUUGGCGGCUUCACAGGUGCCAUUGUUGCUGCAGCCGCCACUGAAUCUGUCUAUGGCAAAGAAGGGUUGCGCAACGUCUUCGACUUUGAGGGCGACUUUGAAAACAGAUCAGUAGGAACUCAGGGAGGCUUCCAGGCUGCUGGCACAUGUGUGGCCAUUGUAUUUGGACUUGGUGGAGGAGCAAUUGUUGGUUUCAUCCUCAGGUUCCCGAUCUGGGGCGACCCUGCUGAUGACAACUGCUACGAUGAUGAAGUUUACUGGGAGGUUCCUGAGGAUGAGGAGAGCAUCCCUCCUGUGCUGGAGUACAACAACCACAUGAUCCACAAGCACCAAGACAUAUCUGAGUCAAACUUCUCCGUGGACCAGAGUUAAAGCAGAGAGAAACAUCGCCCCCUGAAUGCAACAUGGAACUUGAUGCAUCUGUGAACUGCAGUAAAAAUCACAUAUUUAUGAAGGAGCCACCCUUAAAAAUUGGCAAUUUUGACACACUCACUCCCUGCUCUUGUCUUGCACCAUUAACACCUGAUUAAUUUGUGUAGCACCUAAGUUAAUGAUUGGAAGCGUAAGGUUAUGAGAAUGCUGCACAAACUGGUGAAUAAUUCUUUUCAUUUACUGAAAAAUUAUUCGAAUUCGAUGUUCUUUGCAAGUGUGUAAUGACCAGAAAAUGUCAGGUGCUGAGUGCAGGCGUGAGAAGUGAAAGACACUUUGUUAAUGUUGAUAUGAAGGUAAUUCAUUACUGCACACAAAUGGCUGCACGUCUUUAUAGAUGAUGUCUUUAAAAGAGUCGUGAUUGUUAGAUGUUUUUAUUGAAGGUGUUGGCUGAUUUAAUUCUUAUGAAUGAAGAGCUUAUUUAGUAUUUUAUGCAAUUGAAGGCAGUAAGUGAACAAUCAGAGGAGUUUGUGCAGCCAUGCUAGUUUCUUUUUUGAAAAGUAAACCUUAUUUAGUUAUUUCUUGGAAAUGAUGUAAAGACCUGAAUGUAAAUAUGAUUUAUCACAUACUUUUGUUUGUAGCGGAAUGUUCCUGAUCUUAAGGUGGCAGUUUGAGAUACUAUGAAACAAGUUCCAGUGAUUAGGUCUGCUUUAAUGUUGAAUGUUACCUUAAUAUAUUAAAUGUGAUUGUAAAUGACUGUCCUCUUGUUGUGUUAUUGAUGUUUUAUUGUGAAAAAAUGUACAAAUGAAUAAAUCACAUGU